AUGUCUGAAAUUGUUAUCAACAAUUUAUUUGAGGAACAUAAUCCCACACAAAUGGGGUUCAUUCCUUUCUCAACAAACCUAACUUUCCCUUCUUUUGGUUGCAAUAAUCAAUCUUUGAAAGCUUUCACUUCCAUAGCUUCUUCACUUACAUCUGAAAUAUCAUCAGAUUCUACAUCACAAACCCUACUCACAACAACCAAUCCUCCAAAACCAAAAGAGUAUCUCACUUCAACCUUUGAAGCUGGAACUACUCAAUUCCUAUCCUUGCAUAGAUCCACUCUAAAUCCAUGGGCAAUAUUAGGAGGAGGAGUAGGUGAUCAUUACUUCAAUGAUAAUAAUGAUAAGAGAAGUGGAGUAGUUCAUGAUAAUUAUCAUUUGGGGGUUUGUUCUAGCAUGAAGAUGAAGAAAAUGAAGGGAAGAAAGAAAGUGAGAGAGCCUAGGUUUUGCUUCAAGACACUGAGUGCUGAUGUUGAUGUCUUGGAUGAUGGUUACAAGUGGAGAAAGUAUGGACAAAAAGUUGUAAAGAACACACAACACCCAAGAAGCUAUUAUCGUUGCACACAAGAGAAUUGUCGUGUAAAGAAACGUGUGGAGCGUUUAGGGGAAGAUCCAAGGAUGGUAAUAACCACAUAUGAAGGGAGACAUGUACACACUCCAUCAAAUGAUCUUGAAGAAUCUCAAAAUAAUUCUGUGUUUGACAAUUUCUUAUGGUAG